CAAACAACUACAAGCAGAUUUACAAAUAAUUUCAAUGCUUCAUCAGCAAAAUAUUUUUCAUGAAGAAGAUAUUCCAUUAGAAAAUCAAUCUUCAUUAAUUAAUAACUAUGAUAAAAAGUUAAAUAGAUUAGUUAAUUCAUUAUAUUACUACAAUUUUAUAGACUUAGAAAAUACAUGUAAUAACUCUGAUAUCUUAUUAGAUGAAACAUUUCAAGACUAUAAAUCACAUGACAAUUUAUUUCAAGCUGAUACAAUUUCUGAAAGUUUAAUUCAAGAAAGUACUAAUUUAUUAUUUGAAGAAUCUUCACAAGCAACACUACAACAAGUUAAAAAAAAUAGACAAAUUAUUCGUAGUAUUAUAGAAAGUGGUAUAAAACUAAACAGUCUUUAA